GACAUUGACGUAAUGGAAUGAAAUUGUUUUCAUGUUCCUUCAUUCAUAUCAUAUUUUCAAAAGAAUAUUUAUAUUCAAAUAGGUAACUUUUAUUCGUGCAAUGAUAACACCAUAAUAAUUAAAUAUAAUUAUAAUAAGAAAAAAUGGAUGAGAGCAAUAUUCCAAUAGACAUAAAUAUAGGGAAGCUCCAAGACUGGCUGGUGAGCAGGCGACACGUCAACAAGGAAUGGCAGAAGAGUAUUAUACCUGUGAGAGAGAAGAUAAAUAAUGCCAUCCAGGAUAUGCCAGCCCAUGAUGAUAUUGCUGCCUUAUUAUCAGGUAGCUAUAUCAAUUAUUUCCACUGCCAGAAAAUAAUAGAGAUACUAAAGGAAACUGAAGCGGACACCAAAAAUCUAUUUGGUAGGUAUGGAUCACAAAGGAUGAAGGACUGGCAGGAUGUGCUCAAAAGUUAUGAGAGAGAGAAUUUGUAUUUGGCUGAAGCUGCACAGAUGUUAGUCAGGAAUAUCAGCUAUGAGAUACCUGGCUUAAAGAAACAGAUAGCAAAAGAGGAACAAAUGCAACUUGAAUGUAAGAAAAAGCAUUCAGAUUAUUUGAAGAAUGAGGCGUCCAGUAAAUCUGAGUUUUUGACUUUAUGCAAACAGUUGGGUAUUCAGGGUAACAGGAUAAAGAAAGAGUUGGUGGAGAGGUUGCAGGAGCUGCCUGAAAUUUAUGACAAGAUCGGUAAAUCCCUCAAGCCUUUAUUGCCAGGAAUAGAGUUAUAUUCAGCAUUCACGAAAUACGUACUCGGUGACAAAGCAACAGAUGUGGUGUUGUUACUGCAAUAUGUGGUAGAGCAUGGCAACACAACUGUUUACGAGUGGAGUUAUGGUGAGCCGCCAUUAAGUGUUGAACCUGACCCUGUACACAUAGAGCUGGAUGAUGAAGACGAGGCUGCUGGUGAUCAGAUUGAUUUUGGCGAUAAUGAGAUAGACUUCGGAUCAAUAGAUGCGUCUGCAGCUAUAGACUUCGGCGACGGUGAUGCUGUCGCAGAGAUUGACUGGGGGAACAUUGACGCUGGGCCGGCAGAGAAUGUGGACAUAUCGGCGAGUAUAGCGGAGGUGUCGCUGGAGGAGUCCGGCAUCGUGGUGGAGGAGCAGGGCGUGGGCGGCGGCGUGGCGCGCGGGAAGGACGCGCUCACGCUCCUCGACAACCCCACCACCAGGAACCAGUUCAUAGACCAGCUGGUAGAGUUGGAGUCGUUUCUCAAGAUGCGUCUAUACGAGACGAACACGUCUAGUGAUGGUCACAGCUUCUCUCUAAUCGAGCAGCUGCCGACGGAGAGCUCAGCUGCGCUCACCGCCAUGCUGGACGCGGUGCAGAUCGCUGCCAGUCGGCUCACAGCGCCAGAGGUCAAUCACCUGCAUAAUGUCAAACACUCGCCAAGAUACGUAGACGUGCUAACAGCGCAGCUCAAACAAAAAUUGACGCUUUGCGACAAACUGUCCAAGCUUGCGGCCCGCGCGGCCGAGCAGGCGGACGCGGCAAGCGCCCGUGGCGCCCAACUGCGGCCCGUACUCGCGCGCCUCAUUGACCGUACCAAGGAGUUGCAGACUCAGAUUGAAAAUGACAUUUCUAAGAAGUACAAAGGCAGGCCCGUGAACAUAAUUGGUGGUGUGAAGUUCUUAUAGAAACGGUCAAACUAGAAUGUAGAGUAUAUUUUUGUUGAUAUGUAUAAAGAUUACAUAUUUAUUUUUUAA